AUUCAAUCCUAUUCAAAAUAUUACCUUUGUUUUGAUAUAAAAUAGAUGCUAACUCAAUUAAUCUAGACGUAUACUCUCGAUUUUGAUGGCGAGAACUAGUCGUCAUGGCCGCCAAUCAGGUUCGUCGUCGUAGAUUUGAUCCUAGAAUAUUUAGGCACAUGUAGUGGACUAGGUAGUCUAUAAGCGUAAAGGCAGAUGAGUUGCCUCUCAGGGUUGGCUUGUGUUUGAUACUUUGCCUUUCCACAAAUCAUUCUUGAAGUUAUAUUCAAGUCAUUCUCUUUACCAAAGCAAUCUUCUUAUGGGCUUAACAUCAAAUUUCCACUCAUUUCCAUUCUCUCCCCUUUCAUUUCUGCUGCACACUUCUUCCCAACAUGAAUCGUCCUGAAACCAACCCCCAUUUCUGGCGACCUUUGCAGCCUGACCGGCGUUCUCAGCAACCCCCAUUACAGCCUCAAGACUCUUCUGAUCCGCCACAGCCCGAUCCCGAACCAACCACUCCAUGGCCAGUGGCAGAACAACGACCUACUAUUGGUAAGGCACCACGUUUGAAGAAAAAUCGUCAAAAUCCAUCAUAUCCUACACCGCCCACUCAAUCGCCGCCAUCUGACCACCGCGAACCACUACAGCGCCAACCUCAAGAUCCAUAUGGAAAAGCACCACGCUUGAAGAAGGAGCAUCAAGUUCCAUAUGGAGGGCCAAGCUUAAAAUCACCAGAACAAAAUGUGCAACAACCACGUCCUAGAGUGCAAAUUCAAGACCCAUCCGAUUCACGAGAGCCUUAUCGCCAUCGAAGGAAUGAUGUCAUUGAUAAUGACAAUAGAAGAAAUCAACCGAACGACAUCCUACUUAUGCCUCUACCCCGUCAAACCAAUCCAUUAAUGUGGUUUGGAGCAGUCUUUUGUGCAAUCUUUUGGGUGCUUGUAAUCGUUGGAGGAUUAGUAAUCCUCAUUGUAUACCUCAUUUUCCGCCCCAAAUCUCCACGGUUUGAUGUAUCAACAGCCAACCUAAACGCAGCAUAUCUCGACAUGGGGUAUCUACUAAAUGCAGACGUGAAUUUACUAGCAAACUUCACAAAUCCAAACAAGAAAGUGAGUGUGGAUUUCAGCUCAAUGAUACUCUAUCUUUACUACGGAAACACACUCAUUGCUACCCAAUUCAUAGCACCAUUCUCAGCAUACAAAGAAGAAUCAAUGUUGAUUAAUAUUCAUAUGGUAUCAAGUCAAGUGAGACUACCAAUUUUGGAAAGGCAAAGACUGCAGAAACAAUUGGAGAUAAGUGGGAUUAAGCUUGAGCUAAAAGGGAUUUUCAGAGCAAGGUCUAAUUUUGGUACUUUGCUGAGAUACUCUUAUUGGAUGCAUAGUUAUUGCCAUUUAUUUGUUGGUGGACCUCCUACUGGUGUUCUAAUCAAAAGUACUUGUAAAACAAAACAUUGAGACCUUGUCAAAACCAAGUGUCAUGCUUUUGCUUCUUCUGAUUAUUUGGUGGAAUUUGGUUGUUUAUUUCUUUUUUCCUUUGCUUAAGUUUUCUACCUUCUUGGGGACAGAUAAGAUAUCAUUAAAAUAGAUGAAUUCUGACUCAAUUUUUUUUUUGUACUUGGUCUAUAGGGAGUUAAAAUGUAAAGUCGAGAUUUUUUUGACAGCAUCUUCAAUAAAAAUAAGGCAUAUCAACAUUGUGCUUCA